AUGUCUUGUAAUCUUUGCGGAGGAACUGAAUUUGACUAUGAUGCCUCGUCAGGACAGACUGCUUGUCAGUCUUGUGGUAAUGUAAUAGACGAAAGUCGAAUUGUCGCGGAGAUCACUUUUGGAGAAGCUUCUUCAGGGGCUGCAGUUCCUCAAGGAACUUAUAUAGGAAGUGACCAAAGACGAGCCCGAAUAAAUGGGCCAUAUAGGAAACACUCGGAGCCUCGGGAGCAAACUAUCAAGCGAGGACGCUCAAAAAUAAACAGCAUAGCUACAGCACUGGGAUUAAGCCCACAUCAUUCAGAAACGGCACAGAGAUAUUUUAAUUUAGCGAUUGCCAAUAAUUUUAUACAAGGCCGAAGUACUGAAUUAGUUGUUGCCGCAUGUGUAUACAUUGUUUGUCGUAAAGAAAAAACAUGUCAUAUGUUGAUUGAUCUAGCAGAUGUUUUACAGACUAAUGUUUUUACACUGGGAAGCACAUUUCUAAAACUUGUCCGAGAACUCCAUAUGAAACUUCCAUUAGUUGAUCCAUCAUUGUAUAUAACGCGCUUUGCCCAAUUACUUGAGUUUGGCGAUGAGGCGCCUAAAGUUGCGCUUGAUGCUAGCCGCUUAGUUCAGAGAAUGGAUCGAGAUUGGAUGCAAACUGGUCGGCGACCUGCUGGUAUUUGUGGUGCAUGUUUACUUGUUGCGGCUCGAAUGAACAAUUUCCGGCGGAGUAUGAGAGAAAUCAUUGCAGUAGUCAAAAUUGCAGAUGUUACAGUUAAGAGACGUCUUGAAGAAUUCAAAGCGACUCCGUCGGGACAAUUAUCAGUAACCGAUUUUAAGCAUGUCUGGUUAGAUCAAGCUUGCGAUCCUCCAGCAUUUACUAAGGCUCGCAAGUUGGCAAAGCUUGCAGAAAAUCGUAAAGCUAGUUCAAGCGCAACAACACCAGCUCCCGCUGAUAUAGAAAAUACUAUAUCUGAUCAGGAAAAUGAUGCAAAUUUUGUUUCUAUUGCCAGUCCUUCAAGUAACCAACCUUAUCAACUCGCUGGAACUCCUAACUCUGUGACAAAUGAUGAAAUAAUAAGUUUAUCCGAUGAUAAUGAGGAUGAAGUCUCUGGAACGAAACGUCGACGAAAUACUGAUGAUUAUAAUGGUGACGAAGAAGAGGAUAGGAGUUAUUUUGACGCUAGUGAUGUCGACGAAGAAGAUAUUGAUAUUGCAGAAGAAAUGAAUUCAUAUCUGAAUAGUUCUGAUUUUCAAGAGGCAGCGGAAGAAAUGGAGGGACAGAUUAGGGCAGAACGCCGUGCGAGGAUCAAGAAUGAUAGUGAAUUAGGUUCUGAUCUUGAUGAUGAAGAGGUUAAUAAUGCAAUAUUAAAUGAGGAGGAGAUAAAAAUUAAAACGAAAGUUUGGAUGACUGAAAAUAUUGAUCAUUUGAGAAUGGUGGCAGCGAAAAAAGCGAAGGCUCUUCGGGAUCAAGCGAAUGGAAUAGGACCUAGUCAAAAACGUAAACGUCCUAAAAAGUCAAAAAAUAACGAACAAGAAGAAGCUGCCACACCAGCAGAGGCUGCUAAACGGAUGCUUACAGAAAAACGACUCUCAAAGAAAAUAAAUUAUGAAGCAUUAGACCGUCUUUUUGAAAGCAACCCAUUAAUUUCGAAAGAAUCCGACUCUAUAGUAAAUACACCUCGCUCUUGGGAAGAAUAUGACGAGUAUAGUGUUAGUGGAGCCGGCCUUAAACAGCGUGUUUCGGAUACUACUACCAUUACUAAGAAGAAAACUACAAAUCUUCUUUCAUCUAAACAUACAGCGGAUUAUGACGAGUUUGAUGAGGAUGAAGAAGAGCAAGAGCAAGAAGUUGAUGAAUUUUUGGAAGAGCGUAGGCGUCUUGGGUUUAUGGGCGAGGUUGAGGAAGAGCCGUACGACGAUUACGAUGAAGAUGAAUAUUGA